GCCGACCUGCCUUCCCGUCGGUCCCCGCGGCGAGGCCCCAGGGCUCCUCCGGGUCCCCUCAACCGGGCCGCAGGUGUGAUGGUCGGCUCCCAGGGAGACAUGGCGCCCGCCUCCACCGCCGAGGGGCCAGGAGAGAAGCUGGCGCCGGCAGCCCCCGCGACCACGGCCCAGUAUGAGUGCGGGGAGUGUGGCAAGUCGUUCCGUUGGUCGUCGCGACUCCUGCAUCACCAGCGCACGCACACUGGCGAGCGGCCCUACAAGUGCCCCGACUGCCCCAAGGCCUUCAAGGGCUCCUCCGCGCUGCUGUACCAUCAGCGAGGCCACACGGGCGAGCGGCCCUACCAGUGCCCUGACUGCCCCAAGGCCUUCAAGCGCUCCUCGCUGCUGCAGAUCCACCGCAGCGUGCACACCGGCCUGCGCGCCUUCACCUGCGGCCAGUGCGGCCUGGCCUUCAAGUGGUCAUCGCACUACCAGUACCACCUGCGGCAGCACACGGGCGAGCGGCCCUACCCCUGCCCGGACUGCCCCAAGGCCUUCAAGAACUCCUCCAGCCUGCGGCGCCACCGGCACGUGCACACGGGUGAGAGGCCCCACGCGUGCGGCGUGUGCGGCAAGAGCUUUGCACAGACCUCCAACCUGCGGCAGCACCCGGGCGAGCGGCCCUACCCGUGCGGCGAGGGCGGCAAGGCCUUCAAGCGUUCCUCGCUGCUGCAGAUCCACCAGCGGGUGCACACCGGCCUGCGCGCCUUCACCUGCGGCCAGUGCGGCCUGGCCUUCAAGUGGUCGUCGCACUACCAGUACCACCUGCGCCUGCACUCCGGCGAGCGGCCCUACCCGUGCGGCGAGGGCGGCAAGGCCUUCAAGCGUUCCUCGCUGCUGCAGAUCCACCAGCGGGUGCACACCGGCCUGCGCGCCUUCACCUGCGGCCAGUGCGGCCUGGCCUUCAAGUGGUCGUCGCACUACCAGUACCACCUGCGCCUGCACUCCGGCGAGCGGCCCUACCCGUGCGGCGAGGGCGGCAAGGCCUUCAAGCGUUCCUCGCUGCUGCAGAUCCACCAGCGGGUGCACACCGGCCUGCGCGCCUUCACCUGCGGCCAGUGCGGCCUGGCCUUCAAGUGGUCGUCGCACUACCAGUACCACCUGCGCCUGCACUCCGGCGAGCGGCCCUACCCGUGCGGCGAGGGCGGCAAGGCCUUCAAGCGUUCCUCGCUGCUGCAGAUCCACCAGCGGGUGCACACCGGCCUGCGCGCCUUCACCUGCGGCCAGUGCGGCCUGGCCUUCAAGUGGUCGUCGCACUACCAGUACCACCUGCGCCUGCACUCCGGCGAGCGGCCCUACCCGUGCGGCGAGGGCGGCAAGGCCUUCAAGCGUUCCUCGCUGCUGCAGAUCCACCAGCGGGUGCACACCGGCCUGCGCGCCUUCACCUGCGGCCAGUGCGGCCUGGCCUUCAAGUGGUCGUCGCACUACCAGUACCACCUGCGCCUGCACUCCGGCGAGCGGCCCUACCCGUGCGGCGAGGGCGGCAAGGCCUUCAAGCGUUCCUCGCUGCUGCAGAUCCACCAGCGGGUGCACACCGGCCUGCGCGCCUUCACCUGCGGCCAGUGCGGCCUGGCCUUCAAGUGGUCGUCGCACUACCAGUACCACCUGCGGCAGCACCCGGGCGAGCGGCCCUUCCGCUGCGCGCUCUGCCCCAAGACCUUCACGCACUCGUCCAACCUGCUGCUGCACCAGCGCACACACUCCGCGGAGCGCCCCUUCACCUGUGCCAUCUGUGGCCGCGGCUUCGUCAUGGCCGCCUACCUGCAGCGGCACAUGAGGACGCACACCCCGGCACAGGCGGCCUCUGGCACCGCAGCCCCAGCCUCCUGCCCCCGGCCCCCAGCCCCGCUGGCUGCUGCCCCAGCCCCGCUCGCUACCCAAGAUGUCCACGUGCUCCCCCACCUCCAGGCCACACUUUCCCUCGAGGUGGCUGGGGGCACAGCCCAGGCCCCGCCGCCAGGCCCCGCUGCGCCCAACUCCCCGACGUUUCUCCUGGUGCAGACUGCCCAGGGCCUCCAGCUGAUCCCCAGCAACGUCCAGCCCCCGACCCCGCCACCCCCACCUGCUCCCCCUAAGCUCAUCCUGCUGCCCUCAGGUGCUGCAGGCGGCCCAGCAAGGCAGGGCCCUCGGGCUCUGGGAAAAGCUGGCCAAGGUGCCGGAGUGGUUUGGCUGCCAGGGCCUGGGGGUCUGGGGAUGCAGGGCGGGGGUGGUGCAGGGGCCACUGGGGGAGGGCAGAGCCUCAUUGUCCUACAGAAUGUAGGGAGUGGGGAUACAGGUCCUCAGGAAGUGAGUGGGGUCCAGCUCCAGCCUGCCCAGGAAGUGACCACGGUCCAGCUCCAACCUGCCCAGGAAGUGACCACGGUCCAGCUCCAACCUGCCCAGGAAGUGACCACGGUCCAGCUCCAGCCGGCACAGGAAGUGACCACAGUCCAACUCCAGCCUUUGGCCGGCCAGCUGGCCAACUCCAGUGGAGGAGCAGUGACCGCUGAGGCCUCCAAUCUGCUGGUGGUCCAGAGUGAGGCAGCUGAGGAGCUGCUGGCAACCCCAGGUCCUGGCGAGGCAGGGGAUGGGGAGGCCAGCGCAGGCGUGGUACAGGAUGUCGUCUUUGAGACGGUGCAGACGGACGAGGGGCUGCAGAGCGUGCUGGUGCUGAGCGGAGCGGAUGGGGAGCAGACGCGGCUGUGUGUUCAGGAGGUAGAAACCCUUCCUUCUGGGCUGAGCGAACCACCUGCCUCUGCCCCAGCGGGACAGAAACUGCUCAUCAUCCGCAGCGCCCCUGCCGCUGAGCUGCUGGAGAACCGAAGUGUGGGGGGAGGCACUGCCACGCUGCAGCUCCUGGCUCCUCCGCCCCCUGGCCCAGUCUCUGCCCCCACGGUGACGGCAGCGGCGAUACCCGCGGCUCCUGCCCCCCAGAUGGUACAGGUGGUCCCCGCAGGGGCCAGCCCAGGGCUUGUGAGCCCGCAGCCCCUGCCCUCCAUCCAGAUUGUGCAGACACUGCCCGCUGUCCAGCUGGUGCACACGUUUUGAGGCGACCCAUCCGACGCGGAGGUUCCAACUCACUGCCUUUGUCUGGGGCUGUGCAUUAGAAAGGGGACUGCUAAUAAAGACCCAGAAUGUUCUCUUGUUUUGUUUUC